AAGGCAAAAAUAGUCAUAUCGACAAGCAUAUAUAAACAAUUUUCAUUGUUCAGAACAGAUUAUUUCUAAUAAAUACAUACAGCAAACGAAAAUCAAAGCAAUUUUAUCUCUGUUUGUGCAUUUUAAUCGGUGGCGGUGGCCAGCAGAGAUCAGGCAGAGGCGUCAACGUCGAGAAUUAUUAUUGCAUUUUGUAUUGGUUUUUUCUUUCGAUUGAUGAUAUACGGAAGAUUGUGACUUACAACGGAUCUUCUUCCCAUUAUUCACUUUAAGGUGGAGGUGGAAGCUUUGUUAAGGCAUUGUGGAUGAACUGGAAGAGAAGCAACCGAAAAUCAAACUACCCACUGUGCCUUUCUCAUCGCCUUCUCCGUUUUGUCUCGACAUCGUCUCAGUCAUCGUUUCUCAUCAUCGUCAGGCUCUCGAUAGAGAUCAAAAUAAAAUAAAUAACUAAAAACUUCUCAUAAAAAAAACAAAACAAAACAAACUAAUUCAAGAUGAGUGUGAUUAUUCGUUUGCAAAAUCUGCCGUGGACGGCAAAUGCACGCGAUAUACGCAAUUUCUUCACGGGCCUCUCCAUACCAGAAGGUGGUGUGCACAUUAUCGGCGGCGAAAUGGGUGACGCAUUCAUCGCUUUCAGCACCGACGAGGAUGCCCGUUGUGCCAUGCUAAAGGAUCGUGAAAAGCUAAUGGAGGUGCAAGUCCGUUUGUUGCUCUCCUCGCGUGCCGAAAUGCAAAAAGUCAUUGAGACGGCCAGACUGAGGGCAGCGGCACCUCCUUCAGCCGCAGCUUCAGCCACAGCUACGGCAGCGCUGUCACCCGCUCUUGCGCCAGUGGUGGUGGCAACCAGCAAACCACGCCCAAUUGUGGUACCCUCGCCACAGGUGACACCAAAUCCACCAAACAUAGGCGGUGGGCUAGGUAGUUUUCUAAGCUCGGUCACAUCGGCUACACAGGGACCAUCCUUCUUGGAUUAUCAACAACAGGCGGGCGUAACUCUGAUCGAUGUAUCCAAUUCGAGUGGAUCUUCACGUCGUCAACAUAGCCGCAGUCGAAGCCGAAGUCGCAGUCAUUCUACCAGUUCAGAUGACUCCGAUCGUAGUCGUGAGAGAGAUCGUGGACGAAAGCGUCGUUCGGAACGUCCGGACAGCAAUGAAAGAGAACUGAAAGUACAGCCAGUUGGUGGUUUAGGGAAUCUCUUGCCUUGGGCAACUAGUGCUGUGGCAUCAGUUGCUGGCGGUGUGACAUUGCCAGGAUUGGGCAAUCAUCAGUUGCAUAUGCCACCAGUUUUGCCCUCACUGCAGAGCUAUAGGACCAGCAGCAGCAGCAACAGCAACAACAACAACAACAACGACGGCAACAACAAUAGCAACAAUAUCAUGAAUCCAAUCAUCAGCAACAACUAUAACACCAUGCCAACACCACAUAAUCACAUGGAGACCCCAAACCAUAUGAUGAAUGCUGUUCCUGCUCCUGUGGCGGUUUCCUCUCCAAGUCCUCAGAACCAAGAACCCAUAACCUUUGCCAGUGUCAAUCCAUAUGCCCAAAUGUAUCCGCAGCUGUUCCAGCAACAGCAUCUCAUACUUCAACAGCAGCAGCAGCAGCAGCAACAACAACAGGGCUCAAAUAAAGCAUUGUCCUCAGGUAGCGGCUCAUCGCCGUCACAAAGUGUUGUUGUCGUGCCCAUUGCUGAUACUUGCUACAUUAAAAUUAGUGGCAUGUGCCCCAGCACCUCGUACAGUGAUCUAAGAAAAUACUUCUCUGGCCUUUAUAUACCCCAUAAUGGCAUUAAGAUCAUGACGGUCCAUGGUAAUCGCACGGGUGUGGCAUAUGUUGAGUUCUCCCGUGUGUCUAGUGCCCAAAAGGCCUUGUCACGUAAUAAUACCAUGUUCCGUGAUCGCUUAGUACAGAUCGUGCCCAUUGGAGAUGAGGAAUUCGAACAGGCUGAGGAGAAGUUACGACAAGCGGGCAACAAUGGAGGUGGCCGAGGAGGUGGAGGAAAUGCCAGUGGCGGAGGAGACAGAGGCAGCGACCGAAGCAAUUCAUCAUCAUGCCAAACUACUGUGCUAUAUGUCGAGGAUCUACCUCAGUUGACCACCGAGCAGGAUAUUAUGAAGAUGUUUUCGGCCACCUGCACAAUUGUGGACAUUCUUUUGGCACCCAGCCCUCAAAAUCGUCGGGAAUUUGUAGCUUUUGUGCUAUUCGCCCGUGAAAAUGAGGCGCGAUCGGCUCUAGAGGAUACCUCUAGCCAUUACAUUGGUUUCCGGCAAUUGCGUGUGCGCUCCAGUAGCCAGGCCGAGAUGCAGCAUGCCAAGGAGAAACAGCGAAGAGCUAACGAGCAGUUAAUGAAAGAGGAAGAGGAACUCCAGCGGAGGGAGGAGCAGGAGGAAAUGCUUUUAAAGGAGCGGGAGCGAGAACUCGAGAGAGAAAAGGAGCAACAGGAUCAGCUUGCGGCUGCCAUGAAUGUUCGUUAUCAGAGUGAUCCACGUCGCCGUCAAAAUGGCAAUGAAAAUCAGCAAUUGCAGCAUCAGCAACAACAGCAGCCCUUCCAAAUGCAGAUGCAACAGCAGCAGCAGCAACAACAACAGCCAAAUGUGCAGCUGCCACCCUUUGUGAAUAUGAACGGGAUGCCGCCGAUGCUUAAUGGUGGCACAUUUAAUGGAAAUCCACCGUUCCAAAUGAUGGAUAACAAUCAACGCAAUCAUAUUGGCGGCGGACCAAGUGGUAGCGGUUGUGUUGGUGGACCAGGACCCCAACAAUUCCCAAAUCCUACCAAUCAAGAGAAUAAUUUCGUGCGUGUCCACAAUUGUGAGUAUGGCACACGAAUCAAUGAUCUGGGUGAACUGUUCAGCUCGGAGAACUUGCGCAUUGAGCACAUCGAACAGCUUUACAAAGAUCGCCAAAGAUCUGGUGAAUUCAUUAUCGAAUUCUCGGAUGAGGUAAAUGCCAAACGUGCCAUACGCGAAUUUCAUAAUCGUCGCUUUCGUGGCCGUGGCAUACGUGUGGUUCCCAUAUCACCCCAAGAGAUUGCCGAUCGUAUGAAUAAACCAUUUAUGACAUAUGUACCUGGAGGUAAUGGCCCCAGAACUACUGAUAAUAGUAAUAAUGGUGGCAACAUUAGUGGCGGAGGUGUAGGAGGAGGAGUAGGAGGAGGAGGAAGUGGCGUCAUCGGCGGCAUUGGACUUGGCAGCGGAGAUGGGAGUGGCAGUGGAAGUGGCGGCGUUGGUGUUUCACCUACGAUUAAUAAUCAGCCACCAGUUUCUAGACGUCGUGGUCCCAGUCGUUUCGAUGAUCCCACAAAACAUCAACAACAACAGCAGCAACAACAACAACAACAACAACAGCAACAACAACUGCACGAUAACAACGAAGAAACCCCCAAGCAACAGCAUCAACGUUUCAAUCCAUUUGCCCGCAAUGAUAUUGAUCAAAGUCCGUCAAUAUCAUCACCUCCGAAUCCUUCUCUCCAAUCGCCAAGUGACAACCAGCAAAUGCAGGACCAAGACAAUGGCGGCAUCCCAGACAAGUUUAAUCACCCUGGCUGCGUUGUGGCCAUGCGCAAUGUUCCCUUUAAGGCUGAUCUUAAGGAUAUUCUGCGCUUUUUCAACGACUACAAGCUCAGUCCCCACGAUAUUAUCCGCCGCUUCAAUGACGAUGGUAAACCCACGGGCGACGCUCGGGUAGCUUUCGAGAAUCCUUCGGAGGCUCGCUCAGCAUUCGAAUCGAGGCGAAGGAAACAAAUUUUCAAUCGCACCGUCUAUUUGGACAUAAUAUAAUAAGUUCUAUAAUUGUAAGACUAUGUCUAGACUAGUAAUUUAGAGUUCACAUAUUGAAAAGUGACCAAAUCUUAUUAGAGACACUUGGUUGCUUCCAAAGCUUUUUUUUUUACAUAAGAACCGAUUUAUACAUAUAUGAA